AUGGCCAGCGACUCCAGCUCGCUCCCCCGGGUGACUUUCCAGACACCAGAGAAACCUGAAGAGGAAUCGUCACACAGGAAACUGGGCAAGUUAACCGUCAAGUACAACCGCAAAGACCUACAGCGCUGGCUGGAGCUGGAGGAAUGGAUCAAUGCACAGUUGCAGGAACUCUACCAGUACCAGCUAACAGAAGAAACAGAAGCAGCAGUUCCUGAACCAGAAAUUGAUCUUGAAGAUCUCCUGGAGGUUCCUAAUGAAGAACAGAAAUUAAAACUGCAGGAAAUCCUUCACGAGUGCUCCAGCCCAACAGAGGACUUCAUUACGGAAUUGCUUAGUCGAUUGAGAGGUCUCCGGAGGAUCACCAAUCCUCAGAAGAAAUGACCCUGUCCAUAUGAGAGAUCAAAGCAUCAAUUGGAAGAAAAUAUAAACCUUCCCAGCAAAAAUG